AGUGCAUGGCGACAAAUCGCAUCAUCAUUAGUAAAAGCAGUUUUAUUCUAACUAGGUUCAUUAGAACUUUUUUUCACAACACUUAAAAUACACAAUUACUCAUUACAAUACAAUAUUAUGUGUUUUUUUUUUCAAUAUGAUUAGUGAAUGACUUGAUGACAUACAAUGGAAUACCGUAUUAUAAUGUUAUAAUGAUGUAUACAUGUGUGUAACGCAAUACGAACAGUUAAAUAUUGGGGAGUGCAGACUUUUAAAAACAUAUUAAUAAUGACGUGUUGUGGAUUUGAUAAUGAUGUUCCAGAAGAACCUGGACAACCAAGAAUUAGAGGAUGUACAGAUAUUAUUUGGCUUUUUAGUUACUUAUUUUUAUGGUGUCUGAUGAUUCUUAUUGCUGUGUUUUCAAUUGUGUAUGGAGAUCCACUUCGUCUAAUUAAUGGACAUGAUAGCUUUGGAAAUACUUGUGGUUCAUCUUCAAAUACAAAAAUGGGUGAAUUGUCUGGGUUAGACAUGACCGAUAAAAAAUUCUUGUAUUAUUUAGAUCCUGCUAAUAUUGAACAUAGUCUUCAAAUAUGUGUUAAAAAAUGUCCUGAUAUAGAUAUAAUAAAUUUAAGAGACUUACAAAUAUUUUAUAACCGUUCAGAUUCACUGCUUUGCACUUAUGAUUUUGAUGUAAAUAAUGUAUCAGUAACUUCACAAAACAAAAGUUUUAUUACUACAACUUUGGGACCUUGUUCACCAUUUCCAAUUCACAAAAGUAAUCAUGUGUUAAAUCGUUGUGUUCCUAAUGAGUUGACAAAUCAAACUAAAUCUCUUAUUUAUAAUAUAUAUGGAAUACUUAAUGACUGGGACUUUUCAGAAGAGAUUUUAAAUGAUUUAUAUAAAACAUGGCCACAAAUGUUUUUUUUCUCGCUCUUAACAUUCAUUUUGUCAUUUACGAUAAUUGUUUUAAUUCAUAUUUUAAAAGAUAUUAUUGCACAUAUUUUAAUGGUAUCCAUUAGUAUUUUGGUAUUUGUUACUGUAGUUUUACUUUGGUGGGAGUACUUUACUUUAAAAAUACAUUUGGAUCAUACGCCAGAAUAUCAAACGUUGAGUGUUGAUGCUUGUAAUGAGCACACUUUCUUUAUACUGGCUAUAUUAUUUUCAUUAUUUUCGGUUGUGAUACUACUCUUAGUUUUGGCAAUGCGAAAGCGUUUAAAUCUUCUCUCUACCUUAUUUCAUGAAUCAGCUGAAUGCUUAUCAAAAUUACCAGCUUUGUAUUGGCAGCCACUAUGUACAUUUUUUGUAUUAUUAAGUCUCUAUGCUUGUUGGAUUGGAGUUAUUCUUCAUUUGGCAACAGCAAAUUAUCCAGGUACAAAAACACUAAAACUUAUUACGGACAUUCCUGAUCAAAAUGUUACUUCUAAUAGUUCUAUUGUUCCGGAAGCAUUAAUAAAAAAUUUAGCAUCAAUUAAAGCUGGAUUGACAGCAGUAGAGUUCAAAGAAGCCACUUGGGUGAGGUAUAUGUGGUGGGUUUAUGUUAUUGGUUUAAUUUGGUCAACUGAAUUUAUAUUAGCUUGCCAACACAUGAUCAUAGCGGGUGCUGUUGCAAAGUGGUACUUUACAAAUGGUAAAACAAGUGAUAAAUCAAUUAUACUGUCAUCGAUGUGUAACCUUGGAUUCUACCAUUUAGGAUCAGUAGCUCUAGGAUCAUUGUUGAUUAUUUUAUUUAAAAUACCAAGACUUAUUCUUACACUAUUUAGUCAAAAGCAGCAUGCUUCGUCAAAUAGUAGAUUUACAAAAAAGACUUGUUUUUGUUGUAUGUACUCCUUUGACAAUUUUUUUAAGUACAUAAAUCAUAAUGCAUAUGCAAUAGUGUCAAUGGAGGGUAUAGGAUUUUGUUUAGCUGCAUCUAGGGCUUGGAAUGUAGUAGUUUCUAAUGCAUUGAGACUGAGCACAAUAAAUAGCAUUGGAGAUUUUAUUUUGUUUUUAGCGAAGUGUAUUGUCACCCUAAUAAUUGGAGUUAUUGCAUUGUUAAAUUUACGAUCAGAUCCUGAGCUACAUUUCCACUCUAUACCAAUAAUUAUUAUUUCAAUUUUUUCAUUUUUUAUUGCCCACUGUGUUAUUUCAUUAUAUGAGGUGGUGAUUGAUACACUAUUUUUGUGUGUUUGUGAAGAUAAAAAUAUAAAUGGUGAAAUGUGGCAUAAAAGUCCAAUAAUAAAAUUAUCAAAACCUAAAAGGAGUAUUGUGAAAAAUACUACUGUCAGCACAUAAUUUUUUUUAUUCAUCAUAGUUUUUAUCGUACAUUUAUCAUAUUGUUUUAACUUGUGGUACACAAUUGAAAUGUACUUAUUUUAAAUAUAUUAACAUAGUUUUAAAUUUUCAAAAAUACUACUAAACUAAUUUAUGUGCAAUCUUAUGGUCCUAUUUUAUUUUUUAUAUUUUAUUUAAAAAACAAUAUAUUGUUAAGUUUGUAUUCUGUGAUAAGUGAUAAACUUAGCAAUUUAUUAAAAUAAAAGUACAAAAAUAACUAUUAAUUAUUUAUUACAAUUAUAAUGAAAAGUAAAAA